AUGACAUGGGUCAGGCCCGUCUUCACGCAAUCCCCAAGAGGUCUUGACCAAUCUAAAUCUGCCGUCAACCGGGGCCGGCCAGUUGCUUCGUCCGCGGGCCAGGGCUACGGCUCGAGGGUCGAGAGCGCCGCCACAGUGCCAUGCAUUGAACACGUUAGCGCAGCAGGCGAAGCGCGCCCUCUCGCGGAUGGAAUGCAGGAGAUACAAAGAAAGAAGAAGGACGAGAAACAGAAGAUAAAGGUGAAGCUCAAGAAGAGAAAGAAAAAAGUGAAAAUUCCGGCGGGCGAAGGAGUGGGUGAAGGGGAGGCCAGUAAAAGGGGAGAUGGAGAGGAGGACGAGGAGGAGGAAGAAGAGGAGGAGGAAGAGGAGGAGGAGGAGGAGGAAGAGAGUCAUGAAAUAUCGGUUUUGUCGGAAGGACCUGAUGUCUGCGUGAUUUGCCUGGAAGAAUACAGGUCGCACCAGGAACUGCGGGUUCUGCCUUGCAAGCACGAGUUCCACAGGGCAUGCGUGGACCCCUGGCUGUUGCAGAACCGGACGUGCCCGCUUUGCAAUUACAAUAUUAUCGAGGGCUGCUACGAGAGCCCGCCCGCCACCUGCGCGCCCGGCCCCGUCCUCGCCGCCGCCGCCCACCUGUACAGCACGCCCGCGCACUCGCAGUACGUGCUGGCGCCCUCCAGCCCCGCGCACGCCUGCGGCCACCCGGGCUGCACGAUGCACGGCGGCGGCGGCGGGGGGCUGGGUGCCCUGGGGGGCCUCGGGGGCGCCAUCCACGGCUACGCGGGCCUGGGCUACACGCCCCUCCCGCCGGGCUACAUCAGCCCCCCGCCGGGCUACACGAGCCCCACCCUGGGCUACGCCAGCCCGGAGCCCAGCUACGCGGGCGUCGCCAGCGGCUACGCCAGCCCUGCGGCGGCGGCGGCGGCGGCGGCGUCCGUGUCGGUGGCCGCAGCAGGCGGCUACAACACGCCCGCAAGUGGAUACAUAAGCCCCAGCCCCGGGUACGCCGUGCCGCGGGCGGCGGGCGGCUACUCGGUGGCGCAGCACGCGGGCGGCUACCUGACCUCGGUGGCCGGCUACCCGAGUGUGGUGGGCGGGUACGGGGCCGCGGGCGGCGGCGGCGGACUCGGAGUGAGUUCGAUAAGCGGGUAUGCGGCCGCCGCGUGCGGAUACGGGUCGGGAGGGGCGGGGGCGGGGUGCGGGUACGGGUGCGCGGGCGGCGGGUGCCACCACGAGGGCGGCGGCGUAAUGCUGCCCGAUGCCUGCCUCAUGUACCCGCCCGCGCCCACACACAACCCCAGGUGCACCCACACCCACGCCCAGCUGCCUCACGCCCACUCGCAGCCGCCGGGGUCGAGCAGCGAGGAAACAGAACACCAAAUUGUGAAGAUCAUGAAUACUGUUCACGGGAUUUGCUCUAUAACGAAGAAUGCAGAAAUUACUUUGGAAAUGAAUCCAACUCCACAAGAAUCCUUGAAGUUGAAAGAUUUCGCAUCAGCAGGGAUAAACAGGGUUUCACUUGGAAUACAGGCUCUCGAUGACAGCAGCUUGAAGUUCUUCAAUCGUGAUCAUAGUGUGGAAGAAGCACUGAAGUUUAUUGAAUAUGCAAAGAAACUUUUUCCAGGUCGUGUUUCAUUAGAUUUGAUAUUCGGAAGGCCAAGGCAGACACACAAAAGGUGGAUAGAUGAACUCCAUAAAGUACUAAAUGUAUGUGAUGAUCACUUAUCUUUGUACCAGUUAACAGUAGAGAGAGGAACAAAAUUAAAUCGGCUGGUGACUGCAG